AACAUUUAAUGACAGUUUGUCACUGACUUCGCUGUAGUAUGGUUGUCAUUUCGUCCGUCUAUCAGUAAUUGUGAUAGAUGAAUGGGAAAUAAUUAACUUUGUCGCAGCGAAUAUCAGUGUUGAAUUAAACGAAACCCGUCGUCGUGCUCGAGCAAAUAAAAUAGUGAAUUUUUGGUGGUGUAAACUUUGAUACAACAUAGCCAUGAUCGAUGUAAGAAACAAAGAUGGCGGAAUAAUACGGUGAUCAUAACCAAACGCGUUGUUGUGUAGCGUUAUGUACGGUGGUGGGUGGAGGCUGCAGCAGUGUCGGGGCGCUUGAGUGAGGAGGAGAGGCGCGAUGGGGGCGCGGCCGGGGUGAUGCCGCCGCGGCCUGCGGCCGGCCGCGCGGCCAUGGCGGCCGAGGAUGAACGCCCGCCGUUCGCUCUAUUUACCGCUGUCUACGACUACGUCGCACAGGGAGAGGACGAGCUCUCCCUCCGGCGCGGUGAGAUCGUCGAGGUCCUCUCCAAAGACGCGAACAUAUCCGGCGACGAGGGCUGGUGGACAGGCAAAAUAGGUGAUCGCGUCGGUAUAUUCCCCGCGGUGUACGUUACCGAAGAAGAUCCGCUGGCUGUGGAGCCCCCGCGAGUGUCGUUCAGUGAAUUAAAGUUGGAGGAAGUGAUCGGAGUGGGUGGAUUCGGCAAAGUUUACCGCGGUUACUGGAACGAUGAGGUCGUGGCGGUCAAAGCGGCCCGACAGGACGCGAACGAAGACAUCGAAGUUAUAAAAGAGAGUGUGUUGCAGGAAGCGAGACUGUUCUGGGUGUUACAGCAUGAGAAUAUAGUGUCGUUGAAGGGUGUGUGUUUGGAGGAGCCCAAUUUGUGUUUGGUGAUGGAGUAUGCCCGAGGUGGACCAUUAAACCGAGUGUUGUCAGGGCGCAAGAUUCGCCCCGGCAUACUUGUGGACUGGGCCAUCCAAGUGGCACAAGGCAUGGCAUACUUACAUGUUGGUGCCCCCAUGUCACUCAUACAUCGGGACCUGAAAAGUUCUAAUGUCCUACUCAGCGAAACUAUACUAUCAGACGACAACCUAGAAAAUAAGACACUCAAGAUCACAGACUUCGGGCUGGCGAGAGAAGUUUACAAGACCACCAGGAUGUCUGCGGCCGGCACCUACGCGUGGAUGCCUCCUGAGGUGAUAAAGAACUCAACGUUCUCUCACGCGUCAGACGUGUGGUCCUACGGCGUUCUGCUGUGGGAACUUCUGACGGGCGAGACGCCGUACAAAGGCAUCGACGCGUUGGCCGUGGCGUACGGGGUCGCUGUGAACAAGCUCACGCUGCCCAUCCCUAGCACUUGCCCUGAGCCGUGGCGCGUACUGAUGGAAGCGUGCUGGCACUCAAACCCUCGCGAGCGGCCUCUCUUCCCCGAGAUCCUGGAGCAACUGGAACGCAUCAGGCAGUCCGAGUUCACCAGGGCUCCACACGAGUCCUUCCACACCAUGCAGGACGGAUGGCGGCUGGAGAUCGAAGAGGUGUUAAGGGACCUGAGAAGGAAGGAGAAGGAGUUGAGAUGCCGCGAAGAGGAGCUUAUCAGGGCACAACUACAGCAAAGACUAUUGGAACAGAACCUCGCGCAGAAAGAGAGAGAGCUAGAGAUGAGGGAGAUAGACUUAGCGGCCAGAGAGCUGCAUAUACUGAUUGUUGCCAGCAAUAUGUCGCAUAGCCAGCCGCCGCAGCCUAACAAAAGAAAAGGCAAAUUCAGCAAGAUAAAGCUGGUGAAAAAAGACACGAUCUCGUCGCCGCUGGACUUUCGGCACACGCUGACGGUGCGGCCCUCGGACGACGAGUCCAGCGUCAAGCAGCUGGUCGCCGUCGCCAAGGACACGCCGCCCGGCUCGCCCGCCAUCAUGCGCGCCAUCGCACUGCCAGCGGACGGCGUGAAAGGCAAGACGUGGGGCCCGUCAUCGGUCCACCAACGCACGCGCGGGCACCUGCCGCUUCCAGCGCUGGCCCGGCCACGCCACGCGCCGCGUUUCAGCUCGUCUGCGCCAGACCUGCCGCCGCCGCCUGCAGGUUGUUUUCUUCCUUACACAGACUUCAGUCCAGAGGAGUGGGGUCCCGAAUACCCAUUGAGCACGUCCUCAAGAUACACGAUACCUAUGCCGACGCUGUAUAGUACUGAAGGAUACAAGUUCAAGAAGCCAAGUAUAAUAGAGCUGGUGCUUUACAACAUGGCCGCGCUGCUGGGGGGCGUGGCCGCCGGCUAUGACGUCAGAGUUUCAAAUGUCAGUCCGUUGCAUCCUACGUUGCAACCUCACAGGCCAGAAGUAGAAUCGGAGCCGCUAAGUUCGACGCUGUACGAAGGAUACGGCUUCGCCCACAACACCUACCACGGGCCUACGAGGCACCUGCGAGCGCCUCUCAACGCGAUCACCGGCUCGCCUAUAUCCAGCCUUCAAGCCGAAGAACAGAAACCGAUCCGUUUCACGGACUCGCCCACGCAAUACGCGCACGGCUCGCCGUCGUCCGGCUACGGACACGCGCAGCCGCUGUCCGCCACCGCUACGUCCGGGCUAGGCACCGCCACGUCCGGACUCGGCACGGCUACGUCCGGGCUUGGGACGGCUUAUUCGUCGCAGCCGUCGCCGUCUCCUAGACGCACGUCGUCCACUUCGGCUGCCUCAGAUCAUCUAGCGGAUCUAUACCAUAAUUACAGGGAGAACUUUCAGCCUUCGCCUUCACAGGAUCGAGAUUACUACUACCGCGGCGAGAACUUCACGACACCGUACGAUCGGACGGCCGAGUACGUGGUCAAGCAUCCGCCUUACUACGGCUACGACGAGUGUUCCUUCGAGUACCGCGAGCCGGCGCCCGAUUACCGCGCGCCUGCGCCAUACCUCGCCCAUAGACGCACGCCAUCCAACUCCUCGGCCUCCAAUUCCCACCCAGAGGAAUUUUCUCCUUCGAGACAGUUCCGGCCGACAAAAGAACGCCGGGAGGAAUACAGAGCGAAGACGGAAUACCCCAAAAAGUCGACGGACUACUCCCUCCCGCGCGAUUUCUACCGCCAGGAGACUCAGGAGAUCGAGCGCCCCGCUAAUCUCGGGUUGGAGUUAGCGCCGACGAAGCUGCGCUCGAGUUUGAAGAAGUACAACAAGAAGUCGAGCGCCUCUGGCGGUAGUUCUGGAGGAGACACCCCCACCAACCCCACGCCUCCCGAUAGCCUCACGAGCGAGACGGAUUCAUCGUACGUUUCCGCGCGAGACGCUUCCAGCGGUUCCGCGUCACGAGUGCGCUUCAGCCCUGACACUUUGGAGGGCGCGCUCGACCGACGGCCGCGACACUCGUAGCGAAGGCUUAUGAAGUUCAACGACUACCUCGUUUGAUCGCGGACUGUUCACACGCUUGCGGGUAGUGCGGGGAACGCUUCAGCUUUUAGACACGUGUGUUGUGUUCUAAUCGUCACCGAUUUAGUUGGUGCCCGGGUCCGCGCGAUGGCCAUAUCACCAUCCG